AUGCAUUUCCUGUCGCUGCUCGCUCUCGCUGCGCCUCUGGCGUCGGCCAUCCAGUUCAGCAAUCCGGCUGUCAACUCGACCCUGACUCGGGGCUCCACCUUUGAUUUGCAGUGGUCCUCCGUUGACACCGACCCCGAGUCCUUCAGCGUGUACCUCGUCAACUUCGUGAACUGGCCCCCAUUCUACACCCCUGUCGCCUACGAUGUCGAUGCCACCACCGGCGAGACCUCCGUCCAGGUCCCUUGUGACGUUGACCCCUCGUACGGCUUCCAGUUCAACGCCAUCAACGGCACCAACGUCUACGUCAUCUAUGCCCAGACGUCCAAGUUCUCCAUCGCCGGGGGUGCCUGCACCGACACGGCCCCAGUGACCACGGCCCCGACCUGCGCCGCCCCCACGGCGACUGUGACGGCGACCGUUACGGUGCGUGGCAACUCUACUCUCCUCGUGCCCACCGCCACGGCCACGGCAGCCCCCCUGGGCAAUGAGCUUGUCGCCAAGUCCAAGUACGAGGGGGAGUGCCCCGAGGUCAUCGGCUGGAGUGGCGACUAUAACAGCCCCGUCAAGCUGACCGAGAUCCCUCGCGCAGGCUCGUCCGGACAGUCUUCUCCGGCACAGGUAGGUGCUGCCACCUCCGAGAAGGUCAAGAGCAAGUGUGCCUCCAAGAAGAGGAGGGCCAGGAGGCACGCUUAG